GUCUGUUCUUGGCGCUUCAUUCUGCCUCGCGAGCACAAACCAUAGGAUUUAGGCAGAUUCAUCUUUCAGGUCAAAUUCUGCCCUCUUACUGGAAGUAGAGCUCAAUUUCCAAUAAGAAAAUGUCGGGAGAAGAGGCUGUUGUUGCUGCUGAGACAGCUACACCAAUUGCAGGUGAGCCAAUGGACAUCAUGACCGCCUUGCAGCUUGUGCUGAGAAAAUCACUGGCUUAUGGCGGUCUUGCUCGGGGCCUUCAUGAAGGCGCAAAGAUUAUUGAAAAGCAUUCUGCGCAGCUCUGUGUUCUUGCUGAGGACUGUGACCAACCUGACUACGUAAAACUUGUCAAAUCCCUCUGUGCUGAGCACAGUGUUAGCUUGCUGACAGUUCCUAGUGCAAAAACCCUUGGGGAGUGGGCUGGUUUGUGUAAGAUUGAUUCAGAAGGAAAGGCUAGAAAGGUGGUUGGCUGCUCUUGUGUGGUUGUCAAGGAUUUCGGAGAGGAACAUGAAGCCUAUAACGUUGUUUUGCAGCAUGUUAAAUCUCACUGAGUUCUGGACACCUUCCUUUUUAGUUGGGGGUCUCGUUGGAAUCAAUGGUUGAGUCAUUUUUGCCCGGGUAGCCUUAGUACCUGCAUAGGCGUUUUAAUAUCUUAAUACAAUUUUGAACUGAAUUGACUGUUAUUUUCGUCACUAGUUAUAUAUUCCAAUUUAUUAAUGUUGUUAUUAGUUGGUUUGAUUAUCUACGACAUCAGGUGGACCAUAAGGAAUACUGAACCGAGGAUUGAUGCCA